AUGUUUCGCGCACAACAACUGCAGUGUGACCACGAAUUGUCAGUCUACGAGCCAGACGUGUGUGUCAACUGUCAACCGUCACGUGACAUCAGCUUGGGUGUGUAUAUAAGGGCGGACGCGCCUUGGUCCCUUGAGUCUGCGAAGGAUCGGCGAGACAUCAAGAUGAAGGUUGCUGUAGUGCUGUGUUUCGCCGCCUCUUUGGCUGUCGCUGCAGCCGUGCCUCCUCCAGGUGGCUUUGGAGGCUACAUGCCCCCACCAGCAGCGGGAGCCUUCGUCCCCUCGCCGGCCAUGAUCCAGGCCUUCAUCCCGACGCCCGAGGAGAUCCAGGCCCUCAACGCCCUCCACACCACGCCCGCCCCGGGAGCCGCCCCCGCCCCCGCUGUCGCCCCCGGAACUCCUACGGCGCCACCGACCAUGCCUCCCGCCGUCGCCAACCUGGUGAAGAAGUACCAGGCCGCCGCCGCUGCCUUCGCGCCGCCCGCCGCUGGAGCCGUCUGAGGACCCGUCCCGACCGCGGCCAUGGGCGCGAGGAAGGGGAAUGUGCUGGGCGCUCUCGUUUCGUUGAAUAACAGUAUCACGUGUGCUAGUCAUAUCAAUAAAGUCUGAUUUCAA